AUGGGCAACAUCUCCACUAGCUCACUUCUCAACACUUUUCACUGCUUCAUGAUUAGACCCCAAAGUCGCCAGAUGAAACAGAAGGCGACUUUGCUUCAUUGUAUUAAAAAUUACUUAUGGCAGACCAACAGUGAUCCAAUGGCAUUAGUUGGCCGGGAAAAUGAAUCAUCUGUGUCCGUAUUCCUGAUUGUUGGAUUAUCUGAGUCUGAAGAAACUCAGCCUCUACUCUUCCUCAUGUUCCUCUGCAUCUACCUGACCACCGUGAUUGGUAACAUAGUAAUUAUAGCUCUUAUUUCCUUGGACCAGCAACUGCACACACCAAUGUACUUCUUCUUGGCCAACCUCUCCAUCAUUGAUAUCAUACUUUCCUCUAUAACUGUCCCCAAGCUCCUGUCCAUCCUGAAGACCAUCCUCUACUCCGAAUGUGUCACCCAACUCUUGUUUUUCCAGUGCUUUGUGGUGGUUGAGUGCUACCUCCUGGCAGCGAUGGCCUAUGAUAGAUACGUGGCUAUCUGCUUCCCACUAAAUUACAUGCUUAUUAUGAGUAGAACAGUCAGGAUCGGGUUGGUCAUAGCUUGCUUAGCAUGUGGGAUUGGGAACUUGAUAGUCCAAGUUUAUUCCAUCUCCCAUCUUGAUUAUUGUGGCCCCAACAGAGUGGACCAUUUCUUCUGUGACGUAACUCCUCUUUUCAAGUUGGCUUGUUCUGGCAAACAAAUUGGAGAAGUAAUGUCUUUCAUAGUUGCAGUCAUCACUGGUGGGAUGCCUUUGACUGUCAUUGUGGUAAGCUAUGGCCGAAUCAUCUCUGAGAUUACAAAGAUUUCUUCCAGUCGAGGACGCUUUAAGACCUUCUCCACCUGCUCUUCUCAUUUCACAGUGGUAACUCUGUAUUUCACUAGUGGGACCAUCAGCUACAUCUGGCCAUUAUCCACUUAUGCCAUGGACAAAGAUGUCAAACUGCUGGCUGUAUUGUAUGCUAUUUUGACCCCCAUGUUAAACCCCAUCAUUUAUAGCCUGAGAAACAAAGACGUAAAGCAGGUGUUAAGGAAGGUGUUGGUGUGCAAGGGUGUAAAUUAAUCUUGGAAUCUCGUCGUUGGUCUUCUGACAGUUGGGAUCGUGAUUGCCUGGAUUUCGUACCCAACCUGUUUAGAGUGAUAUGGAAUAAUGAAUAAGAGAAAAAAGCAUAAUGUAGAAUAGAAAUAAAAAAAAUACCAUAAAGUCAA